UUGAGUUGAUAGAGUCAUCUUUCUGCCUUUAAGCUUCGGCGGCCACUUGGCGAUCGCGAACUGUGUCCAAAGAUUCCAGGAGGAGAUGAGACAGCGAGGAGAAGGUCUCCAAACCUACAAGAUUAAAGAAUGGCAAGUUGAUCAGCAGAAGACCAAUUCAAUCCUACAAUUCAGCAUAUUCUACUGAGAAACUUGAUGUGCAAACAAAUUUGAUGAGAGGAAAGCAUCAUUAUGAUUGUGCCAAGGACCAAGUCAAGGGCAAAUACAAUCUCAACAGCAAAGACCAAAUGGCAGGAUGAUGAAGCCAGAAUCAUAAAGAACAAUCAGAUGGCACCAAGCAACAAUGUCAUCAUAUUCCUCCUCCCUCUCACUUGUCUGACAUCUCUCUAACCAUUAUAUAUUCUGCACCUCAUCCCAUCCUCGCCAAGUGCAGUAACAAGUCCAACAGCAGGCAAUAGAAGUAGAAACAGCAGUGAAUUUUGUAGCAGAGCCAGACUGAGGAGAUGGCAAGGAAGAGGAGGUGUACGGAUGGAGUAGAUGGGAAGGAGGACCCAGAUGGUGGUGCCACGAGGUGGGACGAGGCGACGGCUAUGGAGGCACUCGGAGAUGUCCGGCGUGCCCGAAAGCGCUUCGUCGGUGUACGGCAAAGGCCAUCAGGUCGGUGGGUGGCAGAGAUCAAAGACACCAUACAGAAGAUUAGAAUGUGGCUUGGCACGUUUGAUACAGCUGAAGAAGCUGCCAGGGCCUACGAUGAGGCCGCCUGCCUUCUCCGUGGUGCCAAUACUCGCACCAACUUCUGGCCUUGCUCCUCUUUGCAGCCCUCGAAACCAUCAGUGCUGCCUUCCAAGAUCACCAACCUCCUCCUGAUGAGACUCAAGGCCAGAAACCACUCUGCCUUGGUCGAGAUGCAGCAGCAGCAGCCACAGCUACAACAACCAGGAGAAGAAGCACAUCGGCCACAAUAUGAAGAUGGCGCAGAGGAGGAGGACGACAUCCAUUUCGCAGACUUCUUAAACGAUCCAUCGAAUUCCAUGCUUCAUCUUUCUCAUGCAGGUGAAGGUGGUGCUGACUAUAUGCAUGACAGUAUCCAAGAGAGUUACACCUAUAAAGACGGCGAUCAUGUGGAUUUCACUUCGGACUAUGAACUGGGGGGAGCUGUUGAAUUUGGUGGCUGUGGAGAAGAUGAGGCGAGUCUUGAUGUGGGCGUCAUGGACUUUGGUUUCAUGGAUGAGGUGCAGGAAUCAUCGUGCUUCUAUUCACCAUUUGAGAUCAUGGGUGAGAUCGAGGAGCCCAUAGAACAAGAGAGCUGUGUUGAUGAGCCAUCGAUGAUUAGAGCUGCAGUGAAGAGGAUGAAGUAUGAGAGGAAGAUCUCAGCAUCUCUGUAUGCUCUCAAUGGAAUAUCUGAGUACUUGAAGCUACAGCUCGGGGAAAGAAGGGGAGGAAGAAUGGAGGAUCAUCUCUCUGCUCUCACAAGUGCCUGCAGAGAACAGCAAGGAUAUGAGAUGCAGUUGAUGGAAGGUGAAGGAGUCGAGGUAGAGGCAGAAAACUCUUCUUCAAGUUAUUCUUCCUCCUACAUCACCACCAUUUGCUCUUCCUCAUCAACAUCAUCAUCCCAAUCACCACCACCUUCUUCAGCUUUGAGUUCUGGCAGUGAAGGUGAAUUGUUCUUCUGGAGUUCUCUUGACCUCCCUCCAAUAUGAUCUGUCAAAUGGUUGGAAGACAACUUCAGCCUAUAAUAGUUCUUACCAUAAUGACAAUUUGAGUAAGCCAAAUUUGUAUUACCAUAAAAUAGAUGACUGUCUUAGGUUUCAGCAUAGCCAUCAAUUCUUCUGAUUACAAACAUUUGGAGUUCUUAAAUCUGCAUACAUUGUGUACAAAUAAGGAGCCAACU